AUGGUGGACGAGUCAGCUGUGGGCGAAAAUGAGUCUGAAGCAAGCCCGAAAUCAGUGGUUCGUCUUUGUGAUCAGUGCCGAAAAGAACCAUUCAAAUACAAGUGUCCACGGUGUCUAUUCCGAUCUUGUUCGCUGCAGUGCUCGAAACAUCACAAAGAGCAACACAAC